UGCUUCAACUCUCAUGGACAACCUAAACAGGCUUCAACAGAGGAGUGGACCAAGGCAGUGGGCUUUUAUUAGACUAUUGCAGUGUAUCCGAGGCCCUAGACUGAGGAGAAUCGUAAACAGAGGGCAAGGAAUAGAGGGUGAAGGCUAUGAACCAAACAAACUGGAGAAAUAUGCUGACAAUGUGAUAUUAGCGGUUCGUGUGGUGUUUUCCCUUGCUCUGUACACUACUCCUCUCUACAUGGUGUACUUCUUGUUGCGAUAUGGAUUCCCAUCUCUCAAUGGUGUGCUGUCUACUGCCAAGACGGUUGUUUUUGUCCCCAUCUCGUUUUCGCUCGCCUAUAUUAUCAGAGGAGUUGGUCGCUAUAGGAACCCCACAUACAGAGAAUUCUUGACAACACUGAACUCUAGUGCUACAAACCAAGCUGACAGACAGGUAACCGGACUGGAUGGCUAUGACUUUGAGCUGAGUGGGCUUCCAGUCACAUUUCGUCAUGACAUGUCAUCUGUCAAACCUUUGCGACUGACGAGUUCUCGCAAGAAGGGGCUGAUGGAGAAAAUCACCAGUUUCCCUCUCUCAUCUCUAAGGUGGGUGUCUGCUCAUCUCGUUGGUAGGAGGCUAAUUUACCCAGGCUCUCUUGGUCUCUUCAAUGCCGCCGUAUCGACAGCCCUCUCUGUGGGAAGGACAAAAAUGAAGCGAAUCCACAACAGUAUUCGUUCUCGGCUGCUUGCUGUGGAUGGUAAUACCAUUGACUGUAUGUUUGUGGACCGCAGGGGCUCUCCAGACAUCACUGCUAAAGGCAACAAGCUGGUCAUAUGUUGCGAGGGAAAUGCUGCAUUCUAUGAGCUAGGCAUGAUGGAGAUUCCUCUCACCUGUGGCUACUCUGCCUUAGGAUGGAAUCACCCUGGAUUCGGUGACUCUUCAGGCCUUCCAUUUCCUGCCCAAGAGUUGAACGCCAUUGAUGUAGUGGUGAGAUAUGCUGUUACUAAGCUCGGCUUUGCUUUUGAGGACAUUGUACUCUAUGCCUGGUCCAUUGGAGGUUUCUCUGCAUCUUGUGCUGCCAUGAGUUAUCCUGACAUCGGAGCAGUAGUCAUAGACGCUUCAUUUGAUGAGUUGUUCCCUCUUGUGGGUACAAGGAUUCAUCCACGUCUGCACUGGAUUGCCGGAGGAAUGGUAAAGGAGUACUACGACCUUAACAUUGCAGAACAACUCUCAAGGUAUCAUGGCCCAAUGCUAAUCAUUAGGAGAAUUGGUGACGAGAUGAUGUCAGAGAGAGGCCUGCUCUCGACCAAUAGGGGAAAUUAUCUGCUGAUAAAGAUACUACAGACCAGGUAUCCACUCAUAGUUACCGAGGAAACACUUCCCAUUUUGUGGCAGUGGCUGGAAAAAGAAGAGGAAACAGAGAGGAGUCUUGUAACCUUGAGAGUAAAUCCAGCCCUCUGUUCAAGGCAGCUGCAACUUUACAUGGCUGACAAUGGGCCAAAGUAUCCGUGGACUAUUGGGAACAUGCUGUCACUAGACCAGAAGAAGGAAAUGUUACUUUUUUUGGCUGGGCAGUACAUGAGUAAUUUCGAUGCUACACAUAACGUGGGACUUCCACCAGACUUCUUUAGAGUGCCCAGUGCGGGCAACUUUAGCCUCAACUAGACGUAUUGAAUUUUUGGAUUUGAUAUUUGAUUUGUGGUGUCAAUUGCAAUUGCUUGCUGAUGAAAUUGUUCUCUAUACA